CCGGAGGUGAAGGCUCGCCUGUCUCCUCUCUGCAUUUGUUGUCAAUGGCUUUCAGGACGUAUUUUAUUUGAAUGUCUGGGCCUUUAAAGUGACCAAUAAUGGAUAUUCUAUGGAUAUUAUGGACAAUACCGGCCGUGAUAGCUGUUGAAGAGACACUCAUGGACUCCACCACAGCCACAGCUGAGCUGGGCUGGACAGUCUACCCCGUGUCAGGCUCCAGCGACAACAGCUGGGAGGAGGUGAGUGGUUACGAUGAAAACAUGAACACCAUCCGCACUUACCAGGUCUGCAAUGUUUUCGACACCAAUCAGAAUAACUGGGUCCGGACAAAGUACAUCCGGCGUCGCGGUGCCCAGCGGAUCCAUGUGGAGAUGAAGUUCUCAGUAAGGGACUGCAGUAGCAUCCCCAAUGUGCCGGGCUCAUGUAAAGAGACAUUUAACCUGUAUUACUAUGAAUCAGACGCUGACACAGCCACCAGAACCUCCCCAGCUUGGAUGGAGAACCCCUGGAUCAAGGUGGACACCAUCGCGGCGGAUGAGAGUUUCUCCCAGGUGGACCUGGGGGGCAGGGUGAUGAAGAUCAACACAGAGGUGCGGAGCUUCGGCCCGGUGUCACGUAGUGGCUUCUAUUUGGCUUUCCAAGACUAUGGCGGCUGCAUGUCCCUCAUAGCUGUGCGUGUCUUCUACCGGAAAUGUCCCCGCAUCAUCACCAAUGGGGCAUUAUUCCAGGAGACACUAUCGGGGGCAGAGAGCACCUCCCUGGUGGCAGCCAGAGGAGUUUGUAUCCCUAAUGCUGAGGAGGUGGAUGUGCCCAUCAAGCUGUACUGUAAUGGGGACGGAGAAUGGAUGGUACCGAUCGGGCGAUGUAUGUGCAAGGCAGGGAAUGAAGCUGUGGACAACGGGACUGUGUGUAGAGCUUGUCCAUCAGGCUUCUUCAAGCCAACUCAAGGCGAUGAGCCCUGUAUGCAGUGUCCCAUCAACAGCCGCACCACCAGUGAAGGUGCCAUCAAUUGUGUUUGCCGCAGCGGUUACUAUCGCACCGACUCCGACCCCCUCCAGAUGCCAUGCACAACGGUUCCGUCAGCUCCGCAGAAUGUUAUUUCCAGCGUGAACGAAACCUCCUUGAUGCUGGAGUGGACGCCUCCGCGGGACUCGGGGGGCCGUGAGGAUGUCGUCUUCAACAUCAUCUGCAAAAGCUGUGGCGGGGGCCGAGGAGGCUGCACCCGCUGUGGGGACAAUGUGCAGUUUGUGCCCCGUCAGCUGGGCCUAACUGAAUCCCGGGUCUACAUUAGCGACCUGUUAGCCCAUACGCAGUACACCUUUGAGGUGCAGGCUGUUAACGGGGUGUCAGAUCAGAGCCCCUACUCCCCUCAGUAUGCCUCGGUCAACAUCACCACUAACCAGGCCGCUCCAUCCACAGUGUCCAUAAUGCACCAGGUCAGUCGUACUGUGGACACCAUCACCCUCUCCUGGUCCCAGCCUGACCAGCCCAAUGGAGUCAUCCUGGACUAUGAGCUGCAGUACUAUGAAAAGGACCAAUCAGAAUACAACUCUACCACCAUCAGGAGCCAGACAAACACAGUGGUCAUCCGUGGCCUCAAGCCAGGAAGCAUCUAUGUGUUCCAGGUCCGAGCCCGCACCGUGGCUGGGUUUGGACGCUACAGUGGCAAGCUGUACUUUCAGACCAUGACUGAGGAGGAGUACAACACCAGCAUUCAGGAGAAGCUACCACUCAUAAUCGGCUCUGCAGCUGCUGGCCUGGUCUUCCUCAUCGCUGUGGUUGUCAUCAUCAUUGUCUGUAACCGGAGGCGUGGCUUUGACAGGGCCGAUUCGGAGUACACAGACAAGCUGCAGCACUACACCAGUGGCCACAUGACUCCAGGAAUGAAGAUUUACAUUGAUCCGUUCACAUAUGAGGACCCCAAUGAAGCUGUGAGGGAAUUUGCCAAGGAAAUUGAUAUAUCUUGCGUGAAGAUUGAGCAGGUCAUUGGUGCAGGAGAGUUUGGGGAAGUUUGCAGUGGCAACCUGAAGCUCCCAGGCAAAAGGGAGAUGUUUGUGGCCAUAAAAACUCUUAAGUCUGGCUACACAGAGAAGCAAAGGCGGGACUUCCUUAGUGAGGCCAGCAUUAUGGGCCAGUUUGACCAUCCUAACGUCAUUCAUCUGGAGGGCGUAGUCACCAAGAGCAGUCCUGUCAUGAUCAUCACUGAGUUCAUGGAGAAUGGAUCCUUGGACUCUUUCCUAAGACAAAACGAUGGGCAGUUCACUGUGAUCCAGCUCGUCGGCAUGUUACGCGGCAUCGCCUCAGGCAUGAAAUACCUUUCCGACAUGAACUAUGUCCACCGCGACUUGGCCGCCCGCAACAUCCUGGUCAACAGCAACCUGGUGUGCAAGGUGUCAGACUUCGGGCUGUCACGCUUCCUGGAGGAUGACACAUCGGACCCCACCUAUACCAGUGCCCUGGGAGGGAAGAUCCCUAUCCGAUGGACUGCCCCCGAAGCUAUCCAGUACAGGAAGUUCACCUCUGCCAGUGAUGUGUGGAGCUAUGGCAUUGUCAUGUGGGAAGUCAUGUCCUACGGAGAAAGGCCUUACUGGGACAUGACCAAUCAAGAUGUCAUCAACGCCAUAGAGCAGGACUAUCGGCUGCCCCCGCCCAUGGACUGCCCAAGUGCCCUGCACCAGCUCAUGUUGGACUGCUGGCAGAAGGACCGCAACAACCGGCCCAAGUUCAGCCAGAUCGUCAACAACCUAGACAAGAUGAUCCGCAAUCCCAACACCCUAAAGGCCAUGACCCCAUUAUCUUCAGGUGUUCAUCUCCCUCUCCUGGACCGCAGCAUCCCAGACUUCUCCAGCUUCAGCACCGUGGACGAGUGGCUGGAUGCCAUCAAGAUGGGCCAGUACAAAGACAACUUUGCCAACGCAGACUUUACCACUUUUGAUGUGGUGUCCCAGAUGACCAUGGAUGACAUCCUGAGGGUGGGUGUGACAUUAGCAGGCCAUCAAAAGAAGAUCCUCAACAGCGUCCAGAUGAUGCGGGCACAGAUGAACCAGAUCCAGUCAGUGGAGGUUUGACCUUCCUGAGUGGAGCAGAGGGAAAAGGGCGGCUGGGAUGCAGGGCUCUUGGUGCGGAGGAUGGAGUGGAUGUUUUUUUUCUUUUUCUUUUUUCUUUUUUUUUUUUCUUGUUCUUUUUGUGUGACCGUGUAUCUGGACUUCUCACCAGACCACCGUUCAUCCCUAGUCCCUCUUUCCACUCCUCUCUCCUCCUUUUUCCCUUCACCCUAAGUCUCCCUUCAUCCUUGGGAACAGCUCUGGAGAGUUGUGGGAAGUAGGUCCAUGUGAUGAAGCAUCAGAGGGCCCACAACCAGACCGCCUUGGAACCCGGAGCACGGAAGGUUAGAACUGACCAGCAACACAUUUUUCAAUCUUCCACCAACUUUCAUUUGAUGUUGAACGUUUAUUUUUUGGGUUUGUUUGUUUGUUUUGGAAAUUUUGUAAAGAAUUUUUUAAAGAAAAAAAAAUAGAAAAACUGAGAAAAGGCAAGGAGUCUAUCUAAAUUUAUAGAUGAUAUAAGGUUGUACACUAGACGAACUGAGUAGGAAAGCUACCCUUUAAAAGGGCAAAAAAAGAAAACAAGGAAAAGUUGUGGAGACAAGACUAUACUCUAGGAGGCGUGGAUAUCUUCUUCGUCGUUUUCAUUUGGGACAUCUUGAGGAAACACAAUUCUCCGUUGCCUGGUUAAAGGCAAACCGCAGAGGAGAUUGAGGGACCUGACUUGCACUCCCAACCAUUUCCCGAGGAGGAAAAAAAAAAAAAUUAAAACCAUGAAAUGGACAACUUUUGGCAUAGACUGAUGCCAUAAACAAAUUCAUUGAGACUGGUGACUUACAAAUUGAAAUCAACACAUGAAAAAAAUCUUUUGUUCUCAUAGCAAGUAAUUUUCUAUAUUGUGUGAAAUUUUGUGAUGAAGAUUCCCUCUCACCAUGCUUCCUUUCACUAUAGAAAAAUGGAAAUUUCCGUCUUCUUUCCUCAGUGAAAUCUUCGCAGCCUGCCAAAUGGAACUCUUUCCCUUUGCAUCCCAGUCUUGAACCUGUACAUAUCAGAUGCACCUGACAUGCCAUAACACGAAGACUCAAGUUAUUAUAACCCUGCCUGAUCAAUUCGUAAGCAAAUGAAUUGACAAAAGGGGUUGACUACAGGGAGGAUUUAAAUUGUUGCCACCGUCAAUUUAUUUCCUUAUUUUGCAAAAGUUCGUGGUGAAGAAUAAAUGUAAAAAAAAAAAAAAAAAAACAAACAAACAGUGAACAUACUUUCUGCAUAGA